AGGAGCAGGUGGUGGAGGCGGAGCAGCAGCGGCAGCAGCAGCGGCGGCUGAGGCGGCGGUUGGUGAGCGAGCGCGAGGAGAGCGAGGGAGGAGAGGAGAGGUGGGAGGGAGUGGCCCCGCCGCCGUCUUCUUGGCCGGAGAUGGGCGACUCCGGCGGCUCCGUCGUGUCGGUGGACGUCGAGCGCAUCUCCUUCGGCGGCAAGGAACAUCAUAUACAAACAAACCAUGGUUCUGUAUCUGUUGCGGUGUAUGGCGACCAUGAUAAGCCAGCACUUGUUACUUAUCCCGAUAUUGCAUUGAAUCAUAUGUCAUGCUUCCAAGGGCUACUAUUCUGCCCUGAAGCAUCUUCAUUACUGCUGCAUAAUUUUUGUAUUUACCAUAUCAGCCCCCCAGGACAUGAGUUAGGAGCAGCUCCAGUUUCACCAAGCAGUCCUGUGGCAUCUGUUGAUGAGUUAGCGGAUCAGGUUUCAGAUGUACUUGAUUUUUUUGGACUGGGUCCUGUUAUGUGCUUAGGUGUCACUGCUGGCGCAUACAUCCUUACUCUAUUUGCAACGAAGUAUAGGGAGCGAGUACUAGGUCUUAUCCUAGUUUCCCCUCUAUGCAGGACCCCUUCUUGGACUGAAUGGUUUCAUAAUAAGGUGAUGUCAAAUUUGCUAUAUUAUUAUGGGAUGUGCAACAUGGUAAAAGACUGUUUGCUACAACGAUACUUCAGCAAGGGAGUGCAGGGAUGCUCUGCUGUACCCGAAUCAGACAUUGUGCAGGCGUCUAGAAGUUUUCUAGAUCAACGGCAAAGCAUGAAUGUGUGGCGGUUUAUCCACACAAUCAAUGAGAGACAUGAUUUAACAGAAAGCUUAAAGGAGCUGCAGUGCAGAACUCUAAUAUUUGUUGGCCAGAACUCUCAGUUCCAUGCUGAGGCUGUUCAUAUGACCUCAAAGCUUGAUGAGAGAUAUAGUGCUCUCGUAGAGGUACAAGGAUGUGGAUCUGUUGUGACAGAGGAGCAACCGCAUGCAAUGCUUAUGCCGCUGGAGUACUUCCUCAUGGGAUACGGAUUGUACAGACCAAGCCAGAUAAGCUGCAGCCCUCGUAGCCCCUUGAACCCGUUUUGUAUAUCGCCAGAACUCCUCUCGCCCGAGAGCAUGGGGGUUAAGCUAAAGCCAAUCAAGACGCGGGCCAAUCUUGAAGUUUAGGAUCGAAAGAGAAAAAAAAAAAAGGUGAAAUGUGAGAACUUAGGCUAACCCGGCAGUCGCUGUACUAAUAUAUCUUCCUAAGUUUUGGAGGCGAGUGAGUUGGUUGUUGUUAUUGUGAUGUAGAUAUUGAGGAAAAAAGCUUAGGUUGAGGCGGGGUUUCCAUUCCAUUGGUUCGUAGCAUUAAACAGCUGUAAAUUGUUACAGAUUAUUUGUCAAAGCUAAAGAGAAAAUAAGGGAA